AUGAAUACAGAAUUUACCGGUAAAAGUUCGUUGACGUCGUUCUGUGCUGAAAGUAGUGAAAAAAAUUUUAAUGGACUGCCUGGAAAUAAAGGUCAUUCCAAUACUGCCGGAGGAAAGUCCGGAGCAGCUUAUCAAAGAGAUUGGUACUUUAAUCGACGUAAAUGUUGUCAUGAUGAUGCUCAUUUAGCAGCAGCUCACCGGCUUCCAGACACCAAGAAUGUGAAGCAUCAGUUGAUUGUCAAGUUCGUACACAAAGAUAAAAGGGAAGAAAUGUACAAGAAAUGCAGGAAUCCAAUUGUGAAAGAAUAUUACCAACUUGCUGUCUGUACAAGCCACAAUGGGUCACGCUGCUACAAGCAACAAUAA